AAUAUUUUGCAGUAUUGCACUCUGCAAGUAGUUUUUGGUAGACUCGGUCAACUUGACUUGUUCGGUUAUUCGAUCUUCAAGUCGUGAGUACCUCAAAAACUGAAAUGUCGACGAACUGCGAAGCAAGCGCGAGCUGCCCAAUUCCAAGACGGUCAGUGCAUUCAAAGAACUGGUCUCAGAUACCCGACUGCUAUAGUCAGACUCCUGGAGGCACUCUUUUCUCCACUACCCCUGGAGGAACCCGGAUAAUCUAUGACAGGAAGUUCCUCCUCGAGUGUCGGAAUUCUCCCAUCGCACGCACCCCUCCUUGCUGUCUCCCCCAGAUUCCAGGUGUCACUGUGUCCUCUACACAACCCAUGACCAAACUUGAGGAACAGGAGGAGAGCAACAAGGACCCCGCAGCAGCUGAUGACAACCAGUUUGAGAUGGACAUCUGAACCACCUCUGAGACUCCUGUGGAAAGAAUGUGUUAAGUCUGUUCUCCAGGCUCUUCAUACUAGAGGAACAAACACCUGCCGUUGGUUCCUUCCUUGUCUUUUUUUUACUAUUAUUUGACAAAUGACAAAAUGUCCAUGGAUGGCUGAUCUGAGGUGAGGGGAAGGCAUAAGAUUUGUGGAAUAUUUUUGGAAAAACAACACCAAAAAAACCCAGCUAGUUCAGAACCUUGGUUAACCUGAGGUCAGGAAAGCUGCAGUAAUUUUGUACCUUCUACCAUUGCUUUUCUAGAUCAUUUUGAUAAAUGUAUGUUUCUUUACAUUUAUAUGAGUAUGGUUGGUUCCAAGACAACCUUUUUGUUUUGUAUGGGUCUCACGUUUAGAGAGGACGAGUUGGGACAAAUGUUAAUCUCUCGAGUUGUUGUUCUGAACAAUUUACAUACAAAAGCUGCAUUUUGUACACUCUACUGUUUAGCCGCAGGGCACGAGACAUUUUGAAUAAAAAGACAACAGAUUAUC